CCCUACCACUGGAUGGUUGACCCUGUAGAGAAUCACAGCCAGUACAUCGUCCUUGCAAACAAGAUUUAAGAGUCUGUGGUAACCAACAACUUUGUGUCAAUACGAUUACAAAAGAAGCUUAAAAAAGGUGUACAUCUAGGCCUUCUUUUUGUGCUUCAAGGACUUAUGCUGUCUCAACAUACGACCCAUUCGAAGUUGGAGAAAAGAUUUGUACCAAGCUGUACGUGGUCUAUCAUCCAAAAGUAGUAGUAGUAUGUUGUGUCAUGGCUUCGGUUUAUCAUGUUUAUGAUGCGUAGAAAUUGUGGAGGAUAUUCUGGUUAAUAACGUGUUGAAGAAACCUUUGAAUCUAUUCGAUGGGUACCAGGAAGAAUUUUAUUCUUAUUACCAUCAUUGGUUUGAUGAUCUUCUUGACUGUUUUUUUCCUCCACACCACUUCUCAUGACGUAACAGUUUGGCUGGAACUGUAUCGAGGUUCACUAGGACAUGGACAGGAUGAGAUGGCGAACCAAGUUGAGAAUGUUCAGCACAUUCAAGAGCACAGAAAAGAGCAUUUGAAGCAGGGUUGUGCUGCCUUGGGAUACAGCCAACGUUUCGUCAACAAGAAACUUGAUCGUGCUACUCUGAGGAAGUUCUCCCGAGUCCUUGUGAUACCUGAGCUUAAAGUCAUCUACUGCCCAAUACCCAAAGUGGCGUCGACAUCAUGGCUACGACUUCUCCUGACUGCCGUCAACGAAGAUUCAUCUCAACCUCAUAAAAAAAGCAAACGAGUGUUUCCAAACCUAGCAUCCUUCCCUCCGUGGGAUGCAAGGAGGAUCUUAAGGACAUACACAACGUUCUUUUUCGUUCGAAAUCCAUAUGCCAGGAUUCUCUCAGCGUAUAAGAAUAAAAUUCUCUCUGAAGGGGAAUCGAAGUUCCGACAUGAGGUCUUGAAAUGGUAUAAACUUCACGACCCAAAGGAAUUGAAACGCAUGAAUUCUUCUAAGCACUUUACAUUCAAGCAAUUUGUUAACUACUAUACAAAGUCAACAGUUAAAAAUGUCCACUGGGAGGACAUGAUUGAGCUAUGCCAUCCUUGCAUGAUCAACUACGAUUUCAUUGGCCACCUGGAGACGCUCAAAGAGGACUCGGGUUAUCUAAUGAACCUACUGGACAUAGGGGUGUCCUUUCCAGAGGAGCACAGACAACAUCAGACUAACAGCUCUCAAGAAGACACCCUUCAGACCUUCUAUUCACAAUUGGCUGGUGGGGAGUACAAAGAUCUUUCAUUCAGCCAGGGUCUUGCUAGAGAUGCUCUUCUGUUUGGUUAUGACACUCCUGACAGUAUCAAACGCAGCUAACCAAUAUUGAACAAGCCAUAAGGUGACAUCGCUCUAGGGCAUUUCAUUACUUUGACCGAUAUUGCAGUUCUUGCAUUGCCACGCGCAACAUAACUCUUUAUGACAACCAUGACCAUGAUGACACCCUCUCUUUCAAUCUUAUCAUUUUAAAAUCUCAUCCUAAGAUGAAUAGAUACUUCUGCGUAGUUAGAACGAUCCAAUAGCUCUCAAAAACACAUAGACAGAUUAUUGUCAUGCAGCUGAUUGGGUGAACGCGCGUAUUGUGACAUCCCGGUAUGACAUUCAGAGGAAACAGCUAUAGCACGCCAAGACAUGGGACCCGUGCAAUAUUCAGAUGUUUAUGACAUGUACAGUCAUCGGAUAGAGAAGAUUUCAUUCCAAGAGUGCAGAGUGUAUCAAGGAAAUUAAAGAGUGGUCAAACUUGAAUGGCCUAAAGUUGAAUAGUAUAAAAACAGAGGUUAUGCAUAUAAAAUCUCGAUUUUGACCCCAUGUACCUUUGUUUGCGCCCUUUUGAAAUUUAGGGUGUAGAGGUUGUUCCUGUUAAGACAUCAAUAAAUCUCGGUGACCUAUUUGAUGAUCAGUUUACUAUGCAAAAUUGCAUCAAUUCUAAAUGUCGAUCUGCGUCAUAUGCAUUGCAUAAGAUUGGGAAAAUUCUACCAAAUAUUGAUAGAGAUCCCUCUGAAAGGUUGGUGCAUGCAUUUCUCAUGUGCCACUUUAUUAGACUAUUGCAAUAGUCUAUUGUAUGGAGUACCAGACAAUCAACUCCAGAAACUUCAGGUCAUUCAAAACUCGGCUGCUAGGAUUGUUACCAGAACAAAAAAAUAUGAAUGUGUAUCUGUAUUAAGAUCCCAAGAUCCUUGCAUUGGUUGCCGGUCAGGUCACAUACGAAGUUCAAGAUCUUACUACUCUCAUUUCAGUGUUUUUGACAAAUAGCUCCAUCUUAUCUGUUUGAGUUACUUGUAAAAUAUGGACCUGUUCAAAAUCUUAGAUCACUUCAGAAGGUCUUAUCUAAUGUACCUGUUGUUAAGACAAAGUUUUAUGGCGAACGGGGGUUUGCACACGCAGCGCCGGAACUAUGGAAUAGUAUCCCACAAAAUUUAAGGCAAGUUGAUACAAUUGGGCAAUUUAAAUCUGCAUUGAAAACGUAUUUAUUUAACUGAUGAUAAUAUCAUCAAAGCAUUAUAAGCAGCUAUCCCACAUCUUUUCUUCUUUUUCCUAUCGCGCAUUGAGACCUUUGUAAGGUUCAUGCGCUAUAAAAAAAAAACUGUUCUAUUAUUAUUAUUCGAUUAUUGCACGCUCCAGCAAGUGAUCCAUCAGUGGAAUAAUUCAAUAGUCGACCAAUACACGCUCUAGCAAGAGCCAGCUAGUGGAAUAGUCGACAAUUGGAUGCUCCAGCAAUAGAGAGGAGAGUGCAAUAGUAUAGAUCCCAAACUCAAUAAAUGCACGUACCAUGGCCUGCGUCCCACAAUUUCUAUUCUAUUAUUGUUUUUGUCUUUUUGUAUUUUAUAUUUCUCUAGUCAAGAUAUUCUUCAUGUUAUUAUUUUAUCAUUUCCAUUUUCCCUAUAUUCUGUCAUAGACUGUUGUUAUUAAGUACCAAAAUGAAAUAAGAGGCAAGUUAAGAACAACAACAACAUUUGAUAUAUUCGUGCUUCCAAAAAGAAGGAACAGACAAUGGAUAAUCUGUAGAAUAUGAGUUGUCAAUGUAUCUACAAAGAGAUGAUAUUUAAUUCGCUAUAAUGUAUAUCAUUUUGUUUAUGUCGAGAAUUGAAGUUACUAUCAAAUAAAAAGCUAUAAAUACAAUUUUAAAAAAGGAGCAGGGGUAGGUCAAGCGAGCAUAUAACAAGUUGGUUGAAUGACAUGC